AUGUUCGGACGCCUUGCUGAUAAGACGGUGGAUUCGCUGUUGCUGGUGCUCCUGGAUCGCCGGAGGCGGCGGCGAGCUGAAGUCCCCCACAGCUCCGAAGCCUUCCGCGCCAAGAAUCCCACCUGCCACUCCGAGAGUCCCGCCCACGAGGCCAUCGGCCGCGAGAAUCUCACUUGCGAAGCCACGGCGGCUGGUCCAUGGGAGGGCCUCUGA